AGCAGUGCGAGUGCUUAACACUGAACAAACGACAGACCACAAAAUUUAAAAGAUCAUACAUAGGCAUUACUUGUCAUUGGAUAAUUGAUGAAGAUUUAACUAGAAAAUCAUGUGUAUUGACUGUAAAACGAUUGGAAGGGAGACAUACAUUUGAUGUAUUAGCAAAGGAAAUGGAAUCUGUGUACUUAAAAUAUGAUACAAACAACAAAAUAAGUUAUACAACUACAGAUAAUGGUUCAAAUUUUGUUAAGAGUUUUAAAAUUUUUGGAAAAGAAAAUAAUAUUGACAACCACGGUGAUAGUAAUACAGAUACUAAUAUUAAUACUGAUGAGAUUGAAGAAGAAACAAAUGCUGAAAUGAUCAACAUUGCUGAUAUUUUUAAUGAAAUUGUUUUUUCGGAUGACUUUAAUUACAGUCUACCAAAACAUCAUAGAUGUGCUGCACAUACGUUGAAUUUAGUUGCAACAAAUGAUAUUGAAAAUGCAGUGAUCAAAUGUACAGGAAGUGAUUUGUUACUUUUUAAAAAACAAAGAAGGCAGACUAUUGCCAAAUGCACAGCUCUAUGGAACAAACAAAAUAGGUCCACAACUUCAGGAGAUAUUGCUAAAAAAAUACUUAGGCGUCUAUCUAAAAACUCCCAAUGAAACUAGGUGGAAUUCUUUUUUUAACUCAACCAAACAUUUAUUGCAACAAUUUAAAAAAAAUCCUGGGACAUUUUUAAGAAUGUGUGAUGAUUUAAAUGUUAAUCGCUUAAACAAAUCAGAUAGAGAAUGGUUAAACGAUUAUGUUUUUAUAAUGGAACCUCUUGCCGUUUGUUUGGAUAUUUUACAGGGUGACAAAAGUAUGUAUUUUGGAUUUUUAAUUCCUUCAAUUUCACAACUCAUCAAUAGGCCCAUCAAUAUGGGAGUUUCAUAGGCUGACUGACCGUUUUCGCUCAGAAUCGUUUUUCUUAUACAAUGAUAUUAUAUCAUUGAAUUCAAAUUUAACACUAUCCAUUACAGUGACCCACUUGUAACCUACUGUACAGCAGAGUGACAUACACUUACCCACUUUUUUAAAUUUUUUAGUAUAAGAAUAUAUUGCUGGCGGCUUUCUAUGGUGUUCGGUUGUGUCCAAUUCACGUACCGCCAGACCAUAGGCGCUAAUUGACAAAAUUUUUUGGGGGGACUUUUAACAAAAAUGGUUUAGCUUUAGU